UUUGAAGACAUUGUUGGAUUUGAGUUGGGCAUAUUAUUCUUAAAGAUGAAGAAGAUGAUAGCUCUAGGGUUUGAGGGGUUAGCCAAUAAGAUUGGUGUUGGGGUUGUGACCCUUGAUGGCUCAAUUUUAUCAAACCCAAGACACACCUAUGUUACCCCACCAGGGCAGGGAUUCCUUCCCCGAGAAACUGCCCAACACCAUCUCCAAUACAUCAUGCCGCUUAUCAAAUCUACUCUCAAGACUGCGCAGAUAACCCCAAAUGACAUUGGCUGUCCUUGUUACACUAAAGGACCAGGCAUGGGUGCGCCAUUACAGGUUGCCACUGUUGUUGUUCGGGUUCUUUCACAGAUUUGGAAGAAACCCAUUGUUGCAGUAAAUCAUUGUGUUGCUCAUAUUGAGAUGAGAAGGGUUGUCACUGGAGCAGAUGACCCUGUUGUGCUAUAUGUAAGUGGUGGGAACACACAGGUGAUUGCAUAUAGCGAGGGGCGGUAUCGGAUUUUUGGUGAGACUAUAGAUAUUGCUGUUGGGAAUUGCUUGGACCGGUUUGCGAGGGUUCUAACUCUGUCUAAUGAUCCAAACCCUGGGUACAACAUUGAGCAGCUUGCAAAGAAAGGAGAAAAGUUUAUAGACCUUCCCUAUGUUGUCAAAGGAAUGGAUGUUUCGUUUAGUGGAAUACUGAGUUAUCUUGAAGCUACUGCUGAGGAAAAGCUUAAAAAUAAUGAAUGCACCCCUGCAGAUUUGUGCUAUUCCCUUCAGGAAACUGUGUUUCCGAUGCUUGUGGAGAUUACAGAACGGGCAAUGGCACACUGUGACAAGAAAGAUGUUCUCAUUGUUGGUGGUGUGGGCUGCAAUGAGCGCUUGCAAGAGAUGAUGAGAAUCAUGUGCUCCGAGAGGGGUGGAAGGUUGUUUGCAACUGAUGACAGGUACUGUAUUGAUAAUGGGGCAAUGAUUGCGUAUACUGGUCUCCUAGCUUAUGCUAAUGGGAUGUCAACUCCGCUGGAGGAAUCGACAUUCACACAGCGGUUUAGAACUGAUGAAGUACUGGCAAUCUGGAGAGAAAAAAUGGAAUCGUCAAAUGGUCUCAUGGAAAAAAGUGUCUAAUUACC